CUCCGCUGCCGCGGUCGCCCCCCGGCCCCCCCCCCCGGGACCCGGCCCAUGGACUGAGCCGCCCGCUGGCCCGCACCACCAGCCGGCCCGGGAGCCGCAGCCCAAGCAGCCAGGAAUUCUCCAUCAUAAAUAUCCUAUUCAGAACUAAAUCCAAAUCUUCACUCUCUGGAUCUCCUUAAAGGUCACCCAUUUGGCUUCAUCACCCUGAGUUUGCCUGCAUUCAAAGCUGUUUGCCUACAAUAAUUUGCUCUGGUUGGAAGUGAACAUGUCACAAGUUCAAAUUCAGAAUCCUUCUGCUGCCCUUACAGGGAGCCAAAUAUUGAAUAAAAACCCCUCUCUUUCACAGCCUUUGAGUAUUCCUUCUACUACUAGCUCUUUGCCCUCUGAAAAUGCAGGUAGACCUAUCCAAAACUCUGCUUUACCCUCUGCAUCAGUUACAUCCACCAAUGCAGCUGCAGCUCCUUCAAACAUGGCAAACCCCAAAGAGAAAACCCCAAUGUGUCUUGUGAAUGAGUUAGCCCGUUUCAACAAGAUUCAGCCCGAGUAUAAGCUUUUGAGUGAGCAAGGUCCAGCUCAUUCUAAGGUAUUUACAGUGCAGCUGACUCUUGGGGACCAGCACUGGGAAGCUGAAGGAACUAGUAUUAAAAAAGCGCAACACGCGGCAGCUGCCAAAGCUUUGGAAGGGACAAAAUUCCCUAAGCCUACAGCUCGUCCGGCUCGUAGUGAAGGCAAGAAUCCAGACAGUGUAACCCCCACAGUGGAGUUAAAUGCACUUUGCAUGAAGCUGGGAAAGAAACCUAUGUACAAACCUAUCGAUCCUUAUACAGGGAUGAGAUCCACUUACAACUACACUAUGAGAGGUGGCACUUACCCUCCACGGUACUUUUACCCAUUUCCUGUUGGGCCCUUACUUUAUCAAGUUGAGCUUUCAAUUGGAGGGCAGCAGUUUCAUGGGAAAGGAAGAACAAGACAGGCUGCUAAGCAUGAUGCAGCUGCUAAAGCACUGAAAGUUCUGCAGAAUGAGCCCUUGCCUGAGAAACCAGAGGUUAACGGAAAAGAACCAGAUGAUGAAAAUCUCAAUAAAUCUGAAAUAAGCCAAGUUUUUGAGAUUGCACUUAAAAGGAACUUGCCUGUGAAUUUUGAGUUUUUCCCUCUGAAACAGGUGACCAAGGAAAGUGGUCCUCCCCAUAUGAAGAGCUUCGUUACCAAGGUGUCAGUUGGAGAAUUCAUGGGUGAAGGUGAAGGAAAGAGCAAGAAGAUUUCAAAGAAAAAUGCUGCAAUAGCAGUCCUAGAAGAACUGAAAAAACUACCACCCCUUCCUACGGUUGAGAAAAUGAAGCCACGAAUCAAAAAGAAAACAAAAUCAAUAGUGAAGCUGCAAACGAGUCCAGAAUAUGGUCAAGGAAUGAAUCCCAUUAGCAGACUUGCCCAGAUACAACAGGCCAAGAAAGAGAAGGAACCAGAGUACAUGCUCAUCACAGAACGUGGCCUUCCAAGGCGCAGGGAGUUCGUUAUGCAGGUGAAAGUUGGUGUACACACAGCUGAAGGAAUGGGCACAAACAAAAAAGUUGCUAAACGCAAUGCAGCUGAAAAUAUGUUGGAACUUUUAGGUUUCAAAGUCCCUCAGCCUCAACCUCCAAAGCCAGCGUUAAAGACAGAAGAGAAGACACCAUUGAAGAAAGCAGGUGAUGGAAGAAAAGUAACCUUCUUUGAGCCAGGCUCUGAAGAGACUUCAACUAGUAAUAAAGAAGAUGAGUUUAGGAUGCCUUAUCUCAGCCAUCAGCAGCUUCCUGCUGGAAUUCUUCCCAUGGUCCCUGAGGUUGCACAAGCUGUAGGAGCUAAUCAAGGACACCACACCAAAGAGUUCAACAGGGCAGCCCCAAAUCCUGCCAAGGCUACAGUAACAGCAAUGAUUGCUAGAGAGCUAUUGUAUGGUGGUACUUCUCCUACUGCUGAGACCAUAUUAAAGAACAACAACUCAUCAGGCCACGUACCCCAUGGACCACUCACUCGGGCCUCUGAGCAGCUGGACUAUCUUUCCAAUGUUCAGGGAAUCCAGGUUGAAUAUAAAGACUUUCCAAAAAAUAACAAGAACGAGUUUGUAUCUCUCAUAAACUGUUCCUCUCAGCCACCACUGAUCAGCCAUGGCAUUGGAAAGGAUGUAGAAUCUUGCCAUGAUAUGGCUGCAUUGAAUAUUUUAAAGUUGCUGUCUGAGUUGGACCAACAAACCACAGAGAUGCCAAGAACAGGAAAUGGACCAAUGUCUGUAUGUGUGAAACAAGAAAUGGAAAGUGACCCUCUUCUCAAACCGGCUAACUCAAACACUUUGGGACAAACACUGGACAGCACUGCCUAAAAAAGGCUUUUGACUGGACCCAAACCUGAAAGCACCAGAGAAAAUCAAAUGCUUCCUCUUAAUGUAACCUAACUGUUUUAGAGUGCUACAGUCUUUACAACCUACUGUAGUGUCUAAAUCAUAACCGUUGCUUUUUCUUCAACCAGUGAUAAAUUUUUAGUUCCAUUCUGUUGUUUUGAUCGAGAUGACACUAUGGAUUUUUCAUUUUAAAAGUUCCUUAAUUGUAUCUAGAACAAUAGCACCGUUUAGAAACUUUGUCUUCUGAGACUGACAUGUUAUCUGUGAACUAACUUGGGAAGAUCAUAUCCGUGUAUGUGGUUCUUUUGGGUUUACUGAAAUAGCAGAGUUUCACUGGAAACCAAUUUGUGUGCCCACCACUUGAAACAGUCCCAUAUAUUAUCACUUCUUUUUUCCUUUGCGAACUUAGCUUAAUUAUCCAACGGUUGAAUGAAUUAAAACGCUGUAGGAAUUUUAAACUUCGAUCAUUUGGGGGUUAAUUUCUAGUUUUCUUGAGUGGGGGAGUAGGGGAACUGGAAUGCAACGUGACUUUCAAUGCUCUCCGAUCUCUGUUUUAAGGCUGGCGCGUGUGCAGACGGCACACCGCUCACUACAUUACAGGAUAUGAUCUCGAUGUAGUGCAUAUAAAACCGCAGAUUGAUUUUCCUUGAGUGCUUUAUACUGUUUAAUUACAUCUCCAUGUAGGGCUGAAAACAAAAACAAAAAA